CUCCUACCCGAACCCUAGCCAUCAACAUUUACCAUCGGUCCCUCGCCGGCGCCGACACCCUUUAUCGAUGGCUGCCGCUCCGCUCUACGGCGGGAGCGCCGACGGCGACUCGGCGGAGGACUACUCCGCGGCAGCCACCGUCGUCCGCUUCGACCCGCCGCUCCCGCUUCUCCGCGCGCCCGUCCCAUCCCCCGCCUCCGCCCCCGGCGAGCGCCCCGCCCUCGCCUUCCGCGACGCCGCCAGCUGGCGAGCCGCCUGGGGCGCCGCCGAGGCCGGCCUCGUCUCGCAGUGCGAGGCUGGUGCACGAUCAGGGUGCUCAAUCUCUGCAUCACGCAAAUGCAAGCCCCCCUGGUGGAAAGGCUUAUUUGGAGCUGCCCCAACUGAUUAUGAAGAAAGGGAGAGAUGUGAAGAGCGAGAGAUGGCCGCUUGUCUGGAGGCAGCAAAGGAGGCUUGCAUUAUGUUUGCAAAGGGAAAAUGCAUCGCACCAUUCCGAGAUGCAAGGAUCGCCUCCGACGGCCUCCUGGAAAACAUAGAUUUCGAUGUCUGGUGUGCCGGCAGUGACAAAGCGUCAUCAACAUCAUCGACUGUUCUGAACAACCAGUACUCAUUCAGUCCUGGGCCCGGCGUGACAAGCUACAAAGGAAGUGACUUGCUAGACAGCUUAUCAUCAGAAGACAAGGAUAACUCUGGUUGACGACUGCAUCAAGAAGUCAAGCUUGUCAAGGCAUCAAGCAUGGAUUCAGAACUAGACCAGUAACAAAAUAAUGGCAUAACAUGAGUCGUGCUAGUAGUUUCUUGCCAUGCUUGUGGCUUUUGUUACCGAUGAAGUUGGUCCAGGUGCCUGGAGACAGUUAGGAAACUACUUUGUUGGAAUGGACUGUGCCAGACCAGAGUUCCAUUCCGAUGGCCGAGAGCGGGAGCAGUAACCAUGGAGUACUGGAGUGGUAAGCAAAACUGCCUGUGUCUGUGAUGCCUGUUUGGACUGUUCUGGAUCAUUGUUCGGAUCUGGGCAGCACAGCAUGUACAAUGUUUGCCAGUAUGCCAGUUGGCGAAGGAUCAGUUCAGACCUCCAGCUGCUGAUGCUCAGGAUACGAAGGACAGGGGAGUGCGAUUGACCUGUCAAGAAGUAUGUGCCCUGUGAAUAAUAAGUUGUGUAACCGUAACAGAGUGUGAAUUUAACUGUCUGUGCUGAGCUGCACCCGAAUAGAAUAUAUUGAUUUCGAGAUCCUUUUUUUACUUCUUUCUUUUUUGCUGGCAACACCUCUGUAAAACUGUGGAAGUGUUGUUUUCGCGAUUCAGGGCCAGCAAACCUUGUUCUAUGCUGCACCUGGUGAAAAUCCUUGUACUUAUAUCGCCAUGCUGCAUGUUUUGGCGGGGUUUGUUUUACAACUUAUGUUCUCCUCUUCAAGUGAAACCCAUAUGUUCACUUUCUGUCUCACAUGGCAUUUGUAUUCAUCAAUGAGGAUGAGGAAGAGAAGUUUGUUUUCCU